AUGGCCGAAUCUAAACCUCUCCGAUAUGUUGAUAUUGGUAUCAACUUGAGUGAUCCUGUUUUCCGCGGUGAAUAUCAUGGAAAGCAGGCCCAUGAAGAUGAUCUCGAAGACGUUAUCCAGCGUGCUCGGGAUGUAGGUUGCUCAAAGUUCAUGGUUACCGGCUCAGAUCUUGUAGAAUCGAAACACGCUGUUCAUAUCGCCAGCAAAUACCUUGGUGUGCAUCCAUGUCAAGCAAAGCUAUUCGACGAAUUCCCAGGCGGUCCAUCAAAAAUGUUGGAGGAGCUCCGCGCUCUAGCAAUUGAGUCCAUGCAGUCUGGGCAUGCUGUCGCAUUCGGCGAAAUUGGUCUUGAUUAUGAUCGACUAUUCCUGAGCCCCAAGGAGCCACAGCUCAAAUAUUUCGAGGCCCAACUAGACCUGGCUGUUGAGAUCCAGCUGCCUUUAUUCCUCCACUCCAGAGCUGCAAGCGAGGACUUUGAGCGACUCCUUGCUCCAAGGCUUGCCAAGCUUCCCAAGCGAGGACUUGUGCACAGCUUCACGGGGACAAUGGAUGAGAUGAACAGGAUGGUAGCGCUGGGCCUUGAUGUCGGUGUUAACGGGUGCAGUCUGAAGACAGAGGAGAACUUGGAGGUUGUCAAAGCUAUUCCACUCGACCGGCUCCAAAUUGAAACUGAUGGGCCAUGGUGUGAAAUCCGCCCCUCUCAUGCAUCUGCAAAGCACCUAAACGGUGCACCAGAUCUGCCGAAGGCCGUGAAGAAAGAGAAAUGGCAGAAGGGGUGUAUGGUGAAGGGCCGGAACGAGCCUAUUGCCAUCGCUCGUGUUGCUCAUGUGAUUGCUAGCGUCAAGGGUAUCACAGUGGAGGAAGUGUGCGAAGCCGCUUGGAACAACUCUAUCAGAAUGUUCGGGUUGGGCGAGGAGUCGCCUUGA